AUGGCUACUCUCCUUCCUCCCCCGAGCAAACGCCAAAAGACGGAGAUCGCCGAAAAGGCGCGUCUGCAGCAGGAGAUCCAGGGCAUUCCGGACGACCUGGGGAGCGUGCGAGUGCAGUUCUUCGACCAAGCGACCGGCGCACCAACAGGCCCCGCGGUCUCUGUCCCAGUAGCCGAUGCUACCGUGAAGAACCUAGAGACUCUAUUAAACACAUUGCAAGGGAAUGAAGAUGAUGAGCGAGUACCCUACCGAUUUACAUUUCAGGGCGACGGCAAGGACAGCCAGACGAUUGAUAUCUUAGCCGACUUAUACCACUCUUUACUAAAGCCGGGACUGAAAACAACCGAGGACACCGUUCAACUAUACUUUACCCCGCAAGCUGUUUUCCGAGUCAAGGCUGUUUCACGAUGCUCUGCCUCCAUCGCUGGACACGGAGAGGCCAUUCUCGCUACCUCGUUCUCCCCCGUUUCUUCUUCUACAAUGGUCUCUGGCAGCGGUGACUCGACGGCCCGUAUUUGGGACUGUGACACUGGGACACCAUUGCACACCCUGAAGGGACACACGAGCUGGGUACUAGCCGUCAGCUACUCGCCGAACGGAUCGAUGAUCGCAACAGGAAGCAUGGACAACACGGUACGGAUAUGGGAUGCAAAGAAGGGCCAAAUCCUUGGAGCUCCGUUAAAAGGACACGCAAAGUGGAUUACCAGCUUAGCUUGGGAACCAUACCAUCUCCAACAAUCCGGCCACCCUCGUCUAGCCUCUGCCUCGAAAGAUUCCACCGUCCGCAUCUGGGACGUCAUCUCGAAGCGCGCAGACAUUGUACUCUCUGGGCAUAAGGGCUCAGUGACCUGCGUACGGUGGGGCGGAACCGGCAAGAUCUACACAUCCUCACACGACCGAACGAUCAAAGUAUGGAACUCACAAACCGGCACCCUCAUUCAGACGUUGUCUGCCCACGCCCACCGCGUAAACCACCUCGCACUCUCUACAGACUUCGUACUCCGCACAGCCUACCACGACCAUACCGGUAAAGUCCCAGAGUCCGACGCAGACAAGGUCGCCAUGGCCAAGAAGCGCUUUGAACAAGCAGCCACAAUCAACAACAAGAUCGUCGAGAAACUCGUCUCCGCGUCUGACGACUUCACGAUGUACCUCUGGGACCCAGAGAGCUCCAGCAAACCUGUUGCACGCCUUCUCGGCCACCAAAAGGAAGUCAACCACGUUACGUUUUCCCCUGAUAUGGCGUACAUCGCCUCCGCCGGGUUCGAUAACCAUGUCAAGCUCUGGAACGGGCGAGACGGAAAAUUCAUCACGACCCUCCGCGGCCACGUAGGCGCCGUCUACCAGUGCUGUUUCUCGGCUGAUUCGCGUCUCCUCGUGUCCUCUUCCAAGGACACCACGCUGAAGGUGUGGAAUGUGCGCACCGGCAAGCUUAGCGAAGAUCUGCCGGGUCACAAAGAUGAGGUGUUUGCUGUUGAUUGGAGUCCGGACGGCCAGAAGGUUGGAAGUGGUGGAAAGGACAAGGCUAUUCGGAUAUGGAGGAACUAG